AUGUGGGAUGACACUGCAACAAGCCGCUCACAAUUCCGGCAUGAGAUCCUCUCUGGCGGGAUGCGUGGUAUCGGAAUGUCCGAUGGACCACAAUACAGAAAAUGGAAGACGUCCAUUGAGUCGUAUCUAUUAUUGAGAGAUCUUCUCAAGGAUGAAGACCCUUUGCAAUAUAAAGAUCGUCUGCGUCGGUGUGCUACAUCAAUCGUGUGCUGUGUUGCUUAUGGUCGUCGCAUCAAGACUCUAGAUGGUGAAAUCGUCGUCAAUAACGUGAAAACAGCUACCUAUUUUGGCAAGUGGGUGAAGCCCUCCCUCCGUCUAGACCCUAUGUUUAUCUGGCACGCCAUUUCAAGGAUCAGUGUUCCAGGCAAAUUCUUAGUAGAUUCGAAAUUCCUGCAGUGGUUCCGAUGGGAACCUGAAAGACGUCGCGCUGUAGACACGGAAAUAUACCUCACCCUACUGAAUCAGAACGAUGUUAAACGUCAGAUGAAGGAUGGUAUCGCCCAUCCAUCUGUGGCUAUCCGCGGGUUAGAAAAACAACAAGAACUUGGACUUACGGACGUAGAAACAGCUUAUGCGCUAUCUGCGCCAUGGGCCGCUGGAACAGGGAUGACUGUCGCGACCAUUGAGGUUUUCCUGCUGGCGAUGCUACAAUAUCCAGCCGUAAUGAAAAAAGCUCAAGUUGAAAUAGAUUCAGUUGUCGGAUCAGAACGAAUGCCUGACUUCAAGGACUUCGACGCACUCCCAUAUGUCCAGGCGGUGAUCAAAGAAACGAUGAGCGCUAUAACUAAGGAUGAAACGGUGUUUGCCAACGCGGAGGAAUUUAUCUCAGAACGUUUUAAUGCUUCGGAUCGGCAGAUGGUCAACUUCACACUGCCAUUUGGUUUCGGGCGACGUCAAAUACUAUGGGUAUUCAAUGUUAUGCCACCCGUCGAUGAAAAAGGUAACGAAGUGCUACCGUCCACGGACAGCUUCACGACUGGCCUCACGACACGGCCAGAACCUUUCAAGUGCUACUUCGAGCCUCGAAGCUCUCAAGCAAGGGACAUCAUUAUACAAGAGGCCGAGAAUGCUGACAUUGACGCCUGCGCCUGGAAGUAGAUAUCUUGACCAAAUCCUUUUGAUUGAUAAAUGUGAACUACAUCCAUUUCUGUUCGGCGGUGAUGAGGGAGGUAAUUGUAUUAAAGAGCGUGUUCU